UAUUGGGCUGCAGCAGCAGUGGCGGCGGCGGCGGCAGCUGCGGGUGUUCGCUGCUCGGCAGCCUAGCCACAAGGGCUCUGGCUCCUCCCAGUGGCCGGCCAGUGCGGAAGCAGGAGGCGGGGGCAGCGUGAGCGCUGCUGGUCUGUGCUCUCCCGCGGCGCUGGGGCCCGUGCUCCGCGACUGCUGCUCCACUCGGCGCUUCGCAGGCGGCCAGCUCCUCUCCGCGCCUCCCGCCCGCUCCUCGACCAGGCCUCCUCCUCAGCCCCGGCCCGUGGCGUCGACCCCACCGGCCCUCUCCCGCCCCGUCUCAUCUCUGGCCGCCGCCGCCGCCGCCCCAGCCCCGAUGGCUCUGUGCAACGGAGACUCCAAGCUGGAGAAUGCCGGAGGAGACCUUAAGGAUGGCCACCACCACUAUGAAGGAGCUGUUGUCAUUCUGGAUGCGGGUGCUCAGUAUGGGAAAGUCAUAGACCGGAGAGUGAGGGAACUGUUUGUGCAGUCUGAAAUCUUCCCCUUGGAAACACCAGCAUUUGCCGUAAAAGAGCAAGGAUUCCGUGCUAUUAUCAUCUCUGGAGGACCUAAUUCCGUGUAUGCAGAAGAUGCUCCCUGGUUUGAUCCAGCAAUAUUCACUAUUGGCAAACCUGUUCUUGGAAUUUGCUAUGGCAUGCAGAUGAUGAAUAAGGUAUUUGGAGGUACUGUGCACAAAAAAAGUGUUAGAGAAGAUGGAGUCUUCAGUAUUAGUGUGGAUAACACAUGCUCAUUAUUCAGGGGCCUUCAGAAGGAAGAAAUUGUUUUGCUUACCCAUGGAGAUAGUGUAGACAAAGUAGCCGAUGGAUUCAAGGUUGUGGCACGUUCUGGGAAUAUUGUGGCAGGUAUAGCAAAUGAAUCUAAAAAAUUAUAUGGAGCCCAGUUCCACCCUGAAGUUGGCCUUACAGAAAAUGGGAAAGUAAUACUGAAAAAUUUCCUCUUCGACAUCGCUGGGUGCAGUGGGACCUUCACUGUGCAGAACAGAGAACUUGAGUGCAUUCGAGAGAUCAAAGAGAGAGUCGGCACAUCAAAAGUUUUGGUUUUGCUCAGUGGUGGAGUAGACUCAACAGUUUGUACAGCUUUGUUGAAUCGUGCUUUGAACCAAGAGCAAGUCAUUGCUGUGCACAUUGAUAAUGGCUUUAUGAGAAAACGAGAAAGUCAGUCUGUUGAAGAGGCCCUCAAAAAGCUUGGAAUUCAAGUCAAAGUGAUAAAUGCUGCUCAUUCUUUCUACAAUGGAACAACAACUCUACCAAUAUCAGAUGAAGACAGAACUCCACGAAAGAGAAUUAGCAAAACCUUAAAUAUGACUACGAGUCCUGAGGAGAAAAGAAAAAUCAUUGGGGAUACUUUUGUUAAGAUUGCCAAUGAAGUAAUUGGAGAAAUGAACCUGAAACCAGAGGAGGUUUUCCUUGCCCAAGGUACUUUACGGCCUGAUCUAAUUGAAAGUGCAUCCCUUGUUGCAAGUGGCAAAGCUGAACUCAUCAAAACCCAUCAUAACGACACAGAGCUUAUCAGAAAGUUGAGAGAGGAGGGAAAAGUCAUAGAACCUUUGAAAGAUUUUCAUAAAGAUGAAGUAAGAACCUUAGGCAGAGAACUUGGACUUCCAGAAGAGUUAGUUUCCAGGCAUCCAUUCCCAGGUCCAGGCCUGGCAAUCAGAGUAAUAUGUGCUGAGGAACCUUAUAUCUGUAAGGAUUUUCCUGAAACCAACAAUAUUUUGAAAAUAGUAGCUGAUUUUUCUGCAAGCGUUAAAAAGCCACAUACACUAUUACAGAGAGUCAAAGCCUGCACAACAGAAGAGGAUCAGGAGAAGCUGAUGCAAAUUACAAGUCUGCAUUCACUGAAUGCCUUCCUGCUACCAAUUAAAACUGUGGGUGUGCAGGGUGACUGUCGUUCUUAUAGUUAUGUGUGUGGAAUCUCCAGUAAGGAUGAGCCUGACUGGGAAUCUCUUAUUUUCCUGGCUAGACUUAUACCUCGCAUGUGUCACAACAUUAACAGAGUUGUCUAUAUAUUUGGCUCACCAGUUAAAGAACCUCCUACAGAUGUUACUCCCACUUUCUUGACAACAGGGGUGCUCAGUACUUUACGCCAAGCUGAUUUUGAGGCCCAUAACAUUCUCAGGGAGUCUGGGUAUGCUGGGAAAAUCAGCCAGAUGCCGGUGAUUUUGACACCUUUACAUUUUGAUCGGGACCCACUUCAGAAGCAGCCUUCAUGCCAGAGAUCCGUGGUUAUUCGAACCUUUAUUACUAGUGAUUUCAUGACUGGUAUACCUGCAACCCCUGGCAAUGAGAUCCCUGUAGAGGUGGUGUUAAAGAUGGUCACUGAGAUUAAGAAGAUUCCUGGUAUUUCUCGAAUUAUGUAUGACUUAACAUCAAAGCCCCCAGGAACUACUGAGUGGGAGUAAUAAACUUCUUGUUCUACUAAAGUUCCGUGUGCAGAUUAAAUUGAUUAGAAACUAUUCCCAGUAUUGACAUGCAGUACUGUCAAAACAGUUACUGGAGCAACUACAUCACAUCUGAGUUCUCUGCAGCAAAAAUCUACGGCUUAAGAGCUGAUUUGGGGAUAACUAAAAGGGACUGAAGAGUUUGUAUGGGUAUAAUCAAAGCACCAUUGCCUACACUCAGACACUGACACUGCUUUUGCCUUUACCUCUGCCUCACUUGUUCUUUAUGUAUAAACUCACUGUUGCUAUUGAUGUCUCUGUCAUCGAAGAUGUAUGGGAGUGGGUGAGUCUGGGGGCUGGUAAUGGACUUCUGUCCCCUUGCCAGUUUCUAAGAGAUGUUAGAAACACCAUUAUUUACCAGUGUGACUUAGUAUGUAUUCCUUAUGGAGAAUCUGCGUUUCCUGUAAAGUAACCUCAUUCCUCCAAAGGUUCUGGGAAGGGGUCAACAUAUCAGAUAAAGAUUUAGGUGGGCUAUUCCAUCCACUUUUGCUGGACACGGGGGCCCUAAAAUGGUAAGCUACCUUAAGAUGGAAAAGCACCAGGAAUUUGUUGAAGUACUUUGAAUUUUAUGUCAUUACAGCCAUGGGAGGAAGGAACUACGAGUAGUCUCAGUUUAAAGUGUUUUCAAGUCAUGCUCCAUGUUGCAUACUGUCAACCUGUUCAUUGGUAAGGAGCUUUAUCCUCCCAGCCUUAUUGCCGGCUCCCAUAGCCUUGUAGAGGAAGUUUCUGUUCUCUCCCCAGAAGAGACUGUCUUUGGUCUAGCAUAGAUAAAGUUCAAGCAUUUUAAUCUUGUUUGGUCCGAGGAGCAGCUCUGAGAUCACAGAAACCAUCGUGCACACCCACAACUUACAAAUGCAUGCCUGCAGUAAUCUCGUAAAGAGUUGUAAAAUGAACUCUUAGAUGUAAUCUAUAGAUACAUUUUUUUAUGCACUGCUCAGAAGAUUGUGACCAGUCUUGGCUCGUGCGAAGUAUUGCCAAACUUUGUACUCCUUUCUGCCAGCUGUAAGAGAAGAUUUAAGAACUGGUGUAGGACUGUUUGCCAUUGCCACCAGUUUCUAACAGAUGCUUUUAUAACAUUCAUAAAAAUAGACAGUACUAGGUUUGAAUUCUGCAGCCAUUUCUCUCUCAGUAUUUUAGCUGAUGUUACUAUUUUAAAAUGUUACCAUGGGGCUUCCUUGGUGGCGCAGUGGUUGAGGGUCUGCCUGCCGAUGCAGGGGACAAGGGUUCGUGCCCUGGUCUGGGAGGAUCCCACAUGCCGCAGAGCAGCUAGGCCCAUGAGCCAUGGCCGCUGAGCCUGCGCGUCUGGAGCCUGUGCUCCGCAACGGGAGAGGCCACAACAGUGAGAGGCCCGUGUACUGCAAAAAAAAAAAAAAAAUGUUACCAUGUUUGUCUCAUACCAGUUCCAUCUCAGGUUGCUGCCUCUUACCUAAUCUUCAAGAUCUUUUGUAUUAAUCAGGUAUACAAUUUUGUUUGGGAUUCAGUGUUACGUAAGUAAUAAAAUUACACAUGGCAGAAGUCUUCCUUUCAUUCUGUUUGGCACAGGGUAUAAGAAAACUGUGUUGCUGAACCAGCAAGGGAAGAGCUUCUGACUGCUGUAACAGGUAUCUGUAUCUGAGAGACAGGAGUAUUUGAUUUCUACAAAACUUGAUGAGUUCAUUCUCUGUCCUAAUGAUGAGGAACUCAUAAUGGCUUUUUGCAAAAAGGGUAUAUUAGUGGUCUGGCCUUAACAGAUUUGGAGGCAUGUUAUUUUAGAGCUGGAAUAGACAACCUAAAAAAGGCUUAUAAACAUUUGUGUUUAGUGAGAAGAAUUCCUCUUCUAGAAAAAGUGUCUUAUGAUUUUGUAUUCAAGCAAAUAAUAGGAAUCUAGGAAGACUUUUUUCCUAAAGUAUAUUCUGUGGAACACUGUUGCACAGAGAUAAAGGGUUAGGUGAUCAUAUAAGUUUGGAAAGUGCUGCUCACUUGUCCUUCCAUCUUGGAGAUUUAUGGUAUACGUUAUUUUCAAAGCUCUGAGAAAUUUUGAAGUUAGAAACAAUUGUUUUUUAACUUAAUGUUUUCCUGAUAUUUGUUCACUAAACUCCUUUUAUAUAAUCCUUCUUAAAACUGUAAAAAUGGUUUCUCCAAAACACUUCUCGACAUGAUAUAGUAAAAAAAAAAAAAAUCUAGAAUUCAGAGGUUUCUUAAUAUUUAGUACCCUCUCUUCCUUUGCAAAGAACUUUUUGCUUUGUGCCAUAUAGUAUUACUCUAUACCUUCACAGUAUUUCAUCUGAGGACCUGAGAAAAGUUAAGGUUGCAGUUCCAUUUUACAGUUAAGGAAACAAGCUCAGCUUAGUAAUGGCUACCUGAAGAGUUUCAGAAUUAAAUGUAGGGUUUCCCAGUUAUUCUUUUUUAAAGUGAAUUUUGGCACCUAAAAUUAUAUAAACUUACUGGAUGGUUAUUUUUAAUCAAGGCUUAGAACAGUGGCUCCCUGUCUAAUAACAUUCAUCAUUGGUUAUCCUUGACAGCUCAUGACUGCUUUCCCAACACUCACCACUUACCUGGGAAUAUAUUCUAUCUAAUAAAUAUAUUUUGUUUCUUUGUACCUAUAGAAGGAGGAAGGCAGGUUAGUGAAAGCAUCAUUUAUUCUUAAGAUUGGUGGGCACAAAAGAAACUUGAGAACCAGAUAACCUUGCCCCAGCUUUGUGGCCCAAUCUGUGAUCAUCAGCUCUGUUAGAAGUAGCAACCUGGCAUAAUUGCUGAGAGUAGGUCUUUAGAUGUAUCUGGGAGAUAGGGUUACCCGAGUUUCCCAUCUUUUGCCACUCCUUUAUCCUAAGAUAGGUGCAUGCAUGUAGCCAAACAAGCAUCAUAAAAGUUUGUUUCCUUGCUAUGUUUGGGCUUAUCCCCGAUAGCCCAUUUUAUUGAGUAACGAAUCAAACCUCUAGAGCAGGGGUCCUCAACCCCUGGGCCGCGGACUGCUACCAGUCUGUGGCCUGUUAGGAACCGGGCCGCACAGCAGGAGGUGAGUGGCGGGCGAGCGACCGAAGCUUCAUCUUCCGCUCCCCAUCGCUCCCAUUGCUUGCAUUACCGGCUGAACCAUCCCCAGCCCGUCUGUGGAAAAAUUGUCUUCCACGAAACCGGUCCCUUGUGCCAGAAAGGUUGGGGACCGCUGCUCUUGAGAAUGAGGACAUUCGGAGUAGGUAGGUAGGGCCAUUCAUCUUUAGUGCUUUGUGUUGCCAUUAAACAGCUGUGUGAACUUGGUCAUUUCUGUGUUUUUUUAACAUGUAAGAUGAGGCAGUUGAAUUAUAUUUAUAUCAAAUCCAGCUCUAAAUUCUUAUUUUAUAAAUAACAAGAAAAAACAUAGCAGGAGAUAGAAUGGAGAAAUGGGAUAGUUUUAAGUGCUUUUAACAUCAGAUAUGACCCGGCCAAAAGUAAACAUUAAAAUAUUGUAAAAUCAGAUAUUAAUUACCAUUUUUUGAACCUGAGGCAUAGAUCAAGGUUUGACCACUUGAGAAUCUUCUGUUGUGACCGUGACACUUGGAAGAUACUCAUCAACAACAUGUUCCUAGGCGCAAUCUCUUUACGUGUUUUUGGAAAAGUUAACAAGAGUAUGCUUUGGCUUUGAGACCAGUGAAAAGUCUCCCAUACUCAACUUAUAUAUAGCUAAUUGUUGGCAAAGCUAGCAUCCAGGUUUUCUGCUCUCUACAUUGAAGAGGUAAUGCUCCAAGGCCCUUCAAGGCAAGGCUUAACAGGAAGUUCUCAGUGUGUAAUUGACCAUCAGGGAUAAGUGUAUUUCCAAGGUGUUUGUCAUCUUCUUACAGCUAAGUGAGUAUUAGUUUCUGAAAAUAGUACUGUCUCUCAGAAAUCUUCUGAAACUCUCAUGCCCAAUGUUAUAUCUCUGUUUCUUCCUACCUUUCCAAACAGCUCCCUUUCCUACUCCUAACACCCUCCUCCUCUCUCCCCCUCUCCUGAAUUCUCAUUGGAAUGUGGUGAGAACACACCUUAGCUAUUACCUCAGUAGAUGCUUCUUUCAUUGGCCCCCAAUUAGAAUUUUUUUGGACUGUUCGUAGUGGUAUUUAUUUAUUUUUGUUUUUUUACUUUUACUCAUUCUUUUUUUUUUUAAUUUUUAUUGAGGUAUAGUUGAUUUACCAUGUUGUUGUAGUUUCAGGUGUACAGCAAAGUGAAUUUGUUAUAUAUCCACUCUUUUUUAGAUUCUAUUCCCAUAUAGGCCAUUACAGAGUAUUGAGUAGAGUUCCCUGUGCUAUGCAAUAGGUCCUUAUUAGUUAUCUGUUUUAUAUAUGGUAGUGUGUAUGUGUCAGCCCCAAUCUCCCAAUUUACCCCUCCCCCUCCCUUUAACCCCGGUAACCAAGUUUAAUUUCUACAUCUGUAACUCUAUUUCUGUUUUGUAAAUAAGUUCAUUUGUAGCCUUUUAUUAGAUUCCACAUAUAAGCGAUAUCAUAUAUUUGUUUUUCUUUUCUGACUUACUUCACUCAGUAUGACAAUGUCUAGGUCCAUCCAUGUUGCUGCAAAUGGCAUUAUUUCAUUCUCUUUUAUGGCUAAUAUUCCAUUGUAUAUAUGUACCACAUCUUCUUUAUCCAUUUCUCUGUUAAUGGACAUUUAGGUUGCUUCCAUGUUCUGGCUAUUGUAAAUAGUGCUGCAGUGAACAUUGAGGUGUAUGUAUCUUUGAAUUAUGGUUUUCUCCAGAUAGAUGCCCAGUAGUGGGAUUGCUGGAUCAUAUGGUAGCUCUAGUUUUUUAAGGAACCUCCAUACUGUUCUCCAUAGUGGCUGUACCAGUUUACAUUCCCACCAACAGUAAUGAAAAUAAAAACAAAAAUAAACAAAUGGGACCUAAUUAAACUUAAAAGCUUUUGCACAGCAAAGGAAACCAUAAACAAAACAAAAAGACAAACCUCAGGAUAGGAGAAAAUAUUUGCAAAUGAAGCAAGCGACAAGGGAUUAAUCUACAAAAUAUACAAACAGCUUAUGCAGCUCAAUAUCAAAAAAACAAACAACCCAAUCAAAAAAUGGACAGAAAAUCUACAUAGACAUUUCUCCAAAGAAGACAUAGAGAUGGUUAAAAAGCAAAUGAAAAGAUGCUCAGCAUCACUAAUGAUUAGAGAAAUGCAAAUCAGAACUACAGUGAGGUAUCACCUCACACUGGUCAGAAUGGCCAUCUUCAAAAAAUCUACAAAUAAUAAAUGCUCUAGAGGGUGUGGAGAAAAGGGAACUCUCUUGCACUGAUGGUGGGAAUGUAAACUGGUACACCCAAUUAGAGUUUAAUAGGGAACUGAAUACAAGUUUGAUGUCUCCACCCUUGGAAAGUACCCCUUUGUCCUUACUGAGGUAGUUUAGCCACACAGAUAAUGUAGGAAACCAUGGAAUCUUUUUCAUCAGUGUAGGGCCUGACAACAAUAAUGAUGGCAUCCUUGGCUUUUAUAUUUCCAAACAUUUCAUUUAAUGACAAAAGAUUUGAAAUCCCCCAAAGAUUGCCAAAAUGCCAGCACCCACCCUAGUCAUAUAUUGAAGAUGCCCAGGUAUACCACCCAAAUCUAACCUUUUUCAGUGAUUCUCAACCCUGGAUGCCUGCUGUUACUACUUGAGAAGUUAACUCUGUAUAACACCCAGACCCCACAAUCAGUUAAAUUAGAAUCUUGGUGAGGCCCAAGCAUUGACAGUUGAAAAUCUCCCAGCUGGAAUAAGUUGUUAUUGAGGGACAUACCUGGCCUUUCUAAUUAUAGCUUAAAAUCUUUGUUAAACCUGUAGGUGAGAAGAGAAGGCCCUAGGUACUGUCUUGGUGAAGAUCCGUAUAACUAAAGUAGUUCAAAGCUAGGGACCGGACUCUGGAACUGAUUCUACCUAUACAGGUUAUCCCCACUAUCCAAAAGUAGAGCUUUCCUAUGAAACCUUUUAGGCAAAAUGUCGUAAAGCAAAGAAGCAAUCACCUUAGGACACAUCUGGCUAAUGAUGUACGAAAUAAAUCCAGAUAAAGCACAGAUGCUCACAGACAGAGUUCAAAGCCAUGGCAGCCAGGUGCUGAGUGUAGUUCGAAGGGAAGGAGCUUGGGACCGCCACUCUUGCUGCUUGAGGUGUGCGCUGCCUCUGUAUCAGCUCACUGCAGAACAAACGCAGAACGCUAUUUUCACUUUUCAUCCUUUUUCCUAAAAGCAAAAAUCCUUUUCCAACUUCUUUCGGUUUGUGAAAACAGGAACUACUGUCGGUCUUUCACAAAAGUGUAGUGGUGUAAAGUGAACUUUCAAAAAGCAAGGAAUACCUGUACUGUCUUGUAGGUCAGACACUUCAUGGGCCCGUUUGGUAUUACUCAGGGUAGCUGACAUAGAUGUUACCCCCUUUGAGGUCUGUGCAGCAACUACACAGGCUUUUCUCUUUCAACCUCUUUUUUCCUACUCCUUUUGCUUUUCGUCAAAGAGGAGAAAUCCACCCCUAUGCUGCAGCCAAGUCUCCAAAUUGGACUUUAGCCAGAUUAUGAAACUGAGACUGAGCUAUUACUCAGAAAGCCUUCUGGAGCCAUGUCAUUUCAAUAUAAUUCUCUACAAAGCUAGAGAUUACCUACCUGUAACCUCAGUUUCCUGAAUGAAAUCUUUUGAGCAGUUCCAUCUUAAUUUACCCAUUUAGGGUCUUUGUUCACUGGUGAAUCCUGUGGCAUCCCUUGACCUUGUUAAUGACCCCUGAAUUAGCAAAAUCAGGAGACUCGGGGUGGGGGGGGAGUUUGGCUAUUUCUUGGGUAUACUAAGUUCAGUAGCUCCAAAAUCCUCUGAGUGUUGCAGGAAGCCUGAACCUUGACUGAUCCAAGUAGAGUAUAUACCUUUGGAGAAUACAGAUGUUUAAGGUAAGUAAUUUUCUGUUUUUGAAUCUACUAUGAUCAUUGUUAACAACCUUAUGAUAUUAAAUGAAGACGUGAAUGUAACCUUUUGAAGAAAUUUUUUUAUAAAGAAAUAUUUUGUUAACCGGAGUAACUAGUGUAGUUGUAAAAUCACUAUGUAAUUGUUCAUGGUAUACUGAAAUGUCUAUUGUGUGUUGUGGUAAUAAAGUUGGCAUAAAAUAGCUUUGCUAAAUUAAUGUGAAAUGAUUUUAAUGCUUUUCUGUCUUCAAUAUACUUCAUAAAGGAGGAAAUGAUGACUUUCAUAUUUGUCAUUAAGCUUCAGGGUUCAUGAGAAAAAGAAGCAGGAGAAAAGAGGACAGACACUAUCAGGAUAUGGGAAAUAGGAAAUUGCAUAUGCUGUCAGAGGUUUCUGGAUGAUAAAGUUAAUCUAUUUCUCUUAGUUACAAAGGAGGGUGUUAGUGUUUUACCUACAGUGUUAACAGUGGACACGGUAGACAUAAAAUAUUGGGUAUUUUUUUAUUUAAAUGAUUAGUUAAAGUGUUUGUGUUUCCAAAAUUAAAGUCAUGUAUGUACACAUACAUACUUAUUUGAUUUCUUACAUAUUCAUUUACAUAUGAUCAAAACUGUUCUCAAUUUCUUAUAACAUAAAUUGCCUUUAUUUAAUACAGAAGUCAGAUUCAUUUCAUUGUUUGGAACUAUGUUAUCAGAGUUGAUCAAACCCAUCAAAGUAAAUGUUUAUAUUAGUGAGUUACCAAUAUGAAGAUUAGAGGAAAUGACCAUGUUCAGAAACUGAAUUCAGUAAUUACUUUCAGGUGGCUACAUUGCUCUGGUAGCUGGAUCCUUUCAGAUCAGUGACCUAGUCUGGCCUUCUGCUAUCUGGGAAGCCUGUAUUUGGUUCAUCUGUAUUUUGUAAAGUUUUUACUAUUUUAACAUGGCUCAAAACAAAAAUAUUACUGAGUUUUUAUCUUGCACUCUCACAGAUCUGUCAUUUUACCUUUCAAAAAAUUCUACUUUUAUCAAAAGCUAUAUUUUACACCACAGCUAAGAUUUUUCUUGGAGUGUCAGUGAAUUAUUUGAAUGAGUUAUAUACAUUAGAUACUAGGAAAAGCAGCUAGGAAUCCCACUUAAACCUCACUAUUAUCCAGAUACUGUGUUGAAUUCUAAUGAAAAAAAAAUUUUUUAUGUUUCAGGAUGCUGUUUCAUAUGCAACUGUACAUUACUGUUCUUUUAGACAAUAUGUAACCUGCCAACACAUACACUUUAAAAAAAGAUUAACACCAUAAAGAAAACUAUAUUUUAAAUUCCCACAUUAAAAUAGUGGAAAACAUGAGCGCCUUUUGUCAAGAUGCCUUUACCUAAUUGCAUCAGGACAUUGAUACUUGCUCUAAAUAAGAAAAAAGUUUCAGGGGACUAAGUUUUAGUAUUUAGCAAAGUGCAAGAAAGUUCUUUGGAAAGCAACUACUAUUGCAGUGUGAGUGGUGAGGAUGUAAUGAAUUGAACUCUUAUUUUUAGUCCCUGUUUUGUGGAGUGCCUGAAUGAACAGUUUGAGAACCAUGUAGUCUCAGUAUUUUCAUUUCUUUUUCUUCUCAGUUUAGUUGUCUUAACUUCAAAGGGUAUGUCUAAAAUACACUUGUGUCCUUAAUAUUGAAAGAGUUGUCUUUCUUGGUUUUGACAUUUAAGAAUUGGAAUAUUUUGCAAAAGUAUAGAUAUUUAAAAAUCUUAAGUGCAUCUUCCUAGGAGUAUAGAAACAGAUAUGCCAUAUAUUAUAUCAAGUAUACGUGUAUAGAAUGUGCCUAGAUCCAAGUUUGAUAUACACUUUCAUUCACUUUGGAGCUAGUUUUGUCAGGUACCUGUUGUUACAACAGAGGCUUAAAACUAUCCUAUGCUUUUUAGACCUAUGUGUAGUAGUGAAUAUUUUAAUUUACUGGAUUUAGACUAUGCUAAAUGUGCUAUCUACACAUUUGUUACUACUAUAUUAAUUUCUCUUUGUAAAACAAGGGAGAACAGUCACAUACCACACACACACUUUAAAAAAAUCUUUGUUAAGUAGACAGUGAUGGCAUGGCCAUCUCUUGAAUGUGUUUUGAGAGUUUAGAGAUGUCGCUCUGUCUGGCAGAGAGAGGGAAUCAGCACAGCUCACAUUAGGUUGGGAAUAAAUUGAACUUCAGCUUACGAAGGGAGCAUAACUGUCUUGUGUAUAGUUUCACCAUUGUGUGACUUCUUUACCCUAAGUCUCAGAAGAGAACCACUGUAGAAAAUAAAAAACUUCUCUCUGAGACACGGGAAUAGAAUCUAUCACGAAAUCUUGAGAGUAUUAGUGACAUCAAGUAAGGUUCCUAUUAAACUGGUAAGUGUAAGUUUGGGAAUGUAUUUUAGAAAUAAUAUUUGUUCCUAAUUCUGCUGAUUCAACAUUAGCCUGAAAUCCAAUAAACUUGAUUCAUUUCUGA